GAUCUUGGUGGUGGUGCAGCUUUGUCCUUCUCAUAAACUAGCAUGAGGAUGUUAUCAAAAUCACCGACAGACUUUUGUUAAUUUCCAAGGUUUUUUUUUUUAGUUGUUGUUUUUGCUUUCUUUUAAAGACAGUUUUGUGUGUGUGUGUAUGCCAGUUAUUUAUUGGGGGUAACGUUUUCUUUGUAUUUUGGUAAAACGAUGACUGGAGUUUUUGACAGUUUAUCUGCAGAUAUGCAUUCGAACCAGAUUACCUCGAACAGCUACCACAGCAUGCACAAACCCCAGGAAUCUCCGACUUUACCUGUGUCCACAGCUACGGACAGCAGUUACUACAAUAACCAACAGCCUGGACAUUGUGGAGGAUCGCCGUAUGGACAGCUCAGCGCGUACCAGUACCAUGCCAGUGGCUUGAGCAGCGUUCCUUACAACACCAAACCGUACGAGCUUGGGUUUAGUAGUUCUUAUCAUUCAUACGGUCCAUAUGGGUCAACUUCGUCGCCAACACAUACUGAUACAGAGAAAGAAGAAUGUGAACCUGAAGUUCGGAUGGUGAACGGCAAGCCAAAGAAAAUCAGAAAGCCGAGAACGAUUUAUUCGAGUUUCCAACUGGCUGCGCUUCAAAGACGAUUUCAAAAGACCCAGUAUUUGGCGCUACCUGAAAGAGCCGAGCUGGCGGCUUCCUUAGGCGUUACACAAACUCAGGUGAAAAUCUGGUUUCAAAACCGACGUUCAAAAUUCAAGAAGCUGUGGAAGAGUGGCGAGAUUCCCCCCGAUCAACAUGCGGGACCAGGCGAGUCUCCGCCCUGCAGCUCCCCUCCGGCCUCGGUCGCCUGGGACUUCCCACAGAGUCAGAGAUUGAACACUGUAAACAGCCUGCCUCAGAGCAACAGCCCUCCUAACACAACUGCGCCUUCAUUCUUAGGGAACUAUUCCUGGUACCCGUCCUCUAACUCGGUACCGCAUCUACAGCCCAAUGCACUGCUGCACCACCACAACUCAGCAGUGAACGCUGGGGCAAUAUUUUAACACUCGUGUUAUUGACACUCACGCUGAGAAUGACUGAAAGAAAUGCUGAGGCUCCCCUUGAAAACAAACAUAUCAUUGGACUGGUUUUGUAUAUAAAAAUAUAUGUCAAUGCAGUAUACAUGUUGAACUAUAUUAAACACAGAUAAUUGUGUAUCUACAGCAAAAAGCCUUUUUAAUCCCAUUGUAUUCUGCCAAAACGUUUUUUUUUUUUUUUUCAUGUUAUGUGUUAUGUCUUCUGGUAGACUUAUACCACAAUAUUUUUCGUGUAUUGUAAAAUAAUAUUUAUGGCAAUAUUCUUAAAGCCCACUGCAAUCCAAAGCAACGGUCAUGGUUUGAAUACUUUUUUUUUUUUUUUUUUUUCUGAAAUAGCAUUUAACAGAAAAUGGAACUCGGAAUCACAAGCAACAAUCUAUGUCGAUUUACAAUUUAUUUUAAGUUAUUAAUUUUAAUGCAGCAAUUGAAAUGUUGAAAUCAGCGAUGUAGCAUAUUUUUCAAACAUUUGUACGAAUAGGUGCCUUCGAAAAUGACCUCACUUUUGAUGUUGGAAAAUAAAUGUAAUUUUAUAUGUUGAUAAACUGGUUGUUAAAUUAUAUAUAUAUAUAUAUAUAUAUAUAUAUAUAUAUAUAUAUAUAUAUAUAUAUAUAUAUAUAUAUAUAUAUAUAUGUUAUAUGAGGUAACGAUAUUAUCUUGUAUGCCGGUUAAAACUUUUGUUUGUACAGUAAGUUAGGGUAUAUUUUCAGAUUUUGGUUGUAUAAAAUGCUGCAACUAUGAAUUUGUAGAGAAAGCCCAUGCCUUUAUAUUUUAUAAAGUUGCACCCUUAAUGGAACUGAUUCCCCCUGACAUUCAAUGUUUCGCCGUUUUGGCGAGAGAGUAAAGUGAAGCUACUGAUUUUUCUCACAAACAUGUAUACCAAGUUUGAAAACAAAAUGUAUUUGAAUUAUUUAUUUUCGAAAUGACAUCUUUGCAGUGCUGCCUUUAUGAUAUGAAGAGAUAAUUUAAAAUAAAAAAUAUUGUUUUCAGUGUA